AUGCCAGUCUCAUGUUCAGUGCAUGGAUGUACCAAUAGACAGAUACGUGGUUGUUCCCAACAUUUUUUUAAAUUUCCUUUAAAAGAUCUCAAUAAACUACAAUUGUGGAUUGAUGCAGUUAAGCGUAAAGGAUUUAUUCCGAAUAAUUCUAGUAGAGUAUGUAGUGACCAUUUUUUACGCUCCGAAUUUGUGGUCAGACCUGGAGGAAGUUAUAAAUUAAUGUUAAAAGGUGAAUCAGUUCCUUCACUUCUUAUGUCUGGAAAGUACCAGUAUGACAAUUACACAUUUACACCUAAUUUAAAUCCUACAAUUUUAAAAUCGCAGGAAUCUAUUGAUUCAGUUGCAAUUGAUUUAUCUAUCACUAAGACACCACCAAACGUUAAUUUAACACCCAUCAAAACACCACACUAUAUAUCUCCUUUAUUAAAGACACCUUCAAAAUGUACUCAGCACCCUUCUACAUUAACUGAUUACUUUGAUCUCAACGAUGUGCUUGUUCCACAUAAAAAAUGUCUGACGUUUAUAGCUAUAGGAUGUAAAUGA